AUGUCAAAUGAAACUUCGGGUGAGCCAAGCACUAUGCGCAAUGUGCUCAGUACAUUGCUGCGACUUUCUUUCCCAUACGUUAUCAUUAUUUCGGCGAUUGGUAUUUGUGGAAACUUUCUCACGAUCAUUUUGCUCUCAAAACGAUCGAUUUCGAAGAAUUUUAACAAUUGUACUCUGAUUGCUCUGGCACUUACCGAUCUUCUUUUCAAUUUAAUGUUGGUUUCUCGUUCCAUCACCGAUUUAACUCAGUCGAGGAAUGAACAACUAUGUCGUUUAUUAUCUUUUCUUUCACAUCUAGCCGAAUUACUUUCUGCCUGUUUCACAGCUCAAUUUACAGCUCAACGCUUCAUCGCUGUCCGGUUUCCCUUAAGUGUCUUCAUCGAAAAGAAAAUUCAUCUAAUUCAUUACUUAGUUGUGUCUUUAUCGAUCAUCUUCGGCGUUGUUUAUUGUAUAUUUCUCGUGAAAAAUAAUGAAUAUGAAGACUGCCAUGAAGAAUUGCCGUUGGCUUGGUUUCUCUCGGAUACUUUAUCGUCAUUUCUCAUUCCAUUCACGAUUAUCAUCGUAUUGAAUAUUUUGACUAUUAUUCAUUUGAAGAAAGGAUUUCAGAAUAACCAACAAGUCCGUUUUACUAAACGUUCGGUACAUGCCGAUAUAAUGCCGGUGAAUUUUCCAGUGAAAAAUUCGAUUUCGUACGAAAUGAAAUUGAAGAAACACUUUCGACCGAAGUUUUAUGAAAACAUUCUCAUUAAAAAUGCCAAGGAUUCAGUUGUUCAAAAGCAAACACAGGAAGGACAACUUUUAAUCAAAGGACGCACCCGCUCACUCGAUCUCUUACAACGUCCAUCGAUUGUCCAUACAAAAAGUCAAUCAUAUCGAGUUACACGUAUGCUCAUCCUCGUAUCAACGUGUUUUCUUGUGCUUAACGCUCCGUUUCACGUUUGUGCAAUUGGUUUAAAAGUUCAUUUAUAUAAACCAUCAAUCGCCAUCAAUGAUGAAAGGGAAAUAUCUGGUCACCAGCUAAAUCAAAUCGUCCAACAGCAGAAUAAAACAUCUUUUGAUAAUCGCGACUUUCUUUUCCAAGCUAAACUGAUUUCCUACGAAAACGAAAUGACCAAUCAUUUAAAGCGAAUGGAAUCCUUUUAUGUACUUGUUGUUAUUACUCAGUAUAUUUCCUAUGCGUCAUAUUCGAUCAAUUUUCUUCUUUAUUCUUUGUGUGGAAUGAAAUUUCGUCAUGAACUGGUAAGAUUCAUGUCCAAGCAACGCCAUCCGAAAGGAGCAACACGUUCCAUAGCUCUACAGAAUACUCUAUGA